CAGAGCCAGUGGGGCCAUGAGCCGGGAGCUGCUGCUGCUGCUGUCCCUGGUGGGGGUGGCUGCCCAGGAUCCCCGGUACACGAUAACCCAGCCCGAGUCCCUGUCGGCGCCGGCCGGGGGCUCCGUCACCCUGCCCUGCGCCUUCACCUACCCCCGUGAGAUCGAGCCGCUGUGGGACCUCCGGGUUUACUGGAGACGAGGCGGGUACUAUGGCCAGUUUAUCUACAAUCACACCGAGGGGUUCACCCGCUGGGAUUACAGGGGCCGCAUCGCCCUGGUCGGGGACCCAUGGGGGAGCCGAACGGCCUCGAUCCGCAUCGACCGGCUGCAGGAGUCGGACGCCAGCGAGUACGUCUGCCAAGUCCGGGUGCAGAAGAACAAUGGCAAAUGGGAGCACUGGUGCAGCCUCCCUGGGACCCAACUCACAGUGACAGGGCGGGAAGCUCCCAGCCCCACCAACAGCACAUGGUGGCACCCAGAAAUGGUCACAACUGAUGUGGGGGGUGCAAGGAGAACCUACCCCCGACGCAUCAACACUGUUCGCCUCGUCCUCAUCGGCCUCGUCCUGCUGCUUUCCAAGGCCGGCGUCUCUGUCGUGGUCUUUGCCCUGGGCCGGCGGCUGGGCUGAGGUCACAGCCCGAAAAGCGUCACCGGGAGGGUGUCUGGGAGCGACGCACCGUCGGCAUCAGGAUUCAAACUCACCUCCCUGGUGCAGAGCUCUUGGCCAGGCAUCCCAGGGGAAUGACACCGUCCAGCAGCAGUAGAAUGGCUGUUAUCCUCCAGCAAAACACCCACUAGCCAGAGCAGAGAGGGAUGGAUAGUGUGCAUGGAGGGGAGGGGGGAGUGUGGGGAUAGCUAGAUAGAGGGGGGGAUGACGUUGCACUCCAUAUGAUUGUAUGGAAAUAUGCUAAUGAGCGUGACUAUAAUGUAACUGGAAUAUGCUUCAUGCGAAAGUCUCUUGUAAGGUAUCAUUACAGAGCUUGUAAUCUGCUGAGUGUGACCAUCCUGUUUGUAUAAAUGUACCACUCUUCUAUCUGGGACUAGAAAGAAGAAAUAGAACUCUGAGGGCCUAUUGUAAUUGUGCAAAGUGGGGGCCAUUAAUGGUGCUUUGGAAGCUUGAUGGCUCCCAUCAACCAGGACAAUUGGCUGUAAAUGGCUCUGUUUUACCUGUAAGUCUUCCUGUGAGUCAGGCCAGGAAGGAUGGAGCUUGGGGGUCCCACAGGACAUGUGCCCAUGUCACCUGGAACUGGAACCCAUCUCAAACCCGGGGCUUUUCCAUUUAGUGGGGGGGGGGGCCCAGAGAGACAAAAGAUUCCCGCCCUGUGCCAAAGCUAUAAGAGGGGUUGGAGCAGGACAAAGGGGGCCAGUCAUGAGCAAUCCCCCAGCCACCACCUGGGCUGGAACAAGGGCUGCACCGGGGAAAGGACCGAGCCCAGACUAGGAAGGAGUCUGGUCUGUUACAGAAGCUCAUUGGAACGACUCUGAGGGUGAGAUUUGAGCUGUAUUAAGUUUCUUAAUAUACUAGGCUCAGA